AUGAAUCGAGCGCUUCUCUUCUCGCUGUAUGAGACCACCGACCGUGAUGAAUCCGGCGAAAGCUUGCUGAACGUGAAGUCCAGAUUCACCCAGCACCAACCGCUGACCGUGCAACUUCGCCUGGUCAUCCGGACGUACAAGCCACCCGGCACUGAUGUUUGGGAUGCCGAUUUUCCGCGCAUCGCAGGUCAGGCCUGGUCACACACAAGAUUGGAGUGCACUCUUCUAGGCCGUAUGCGCUCAGGGGACAGACCCCUUAUUCCGGUCUUCAAUGUCCCUUUUAGUGACGGGUUCCCCGCCAAGGAUUAA